UCGCGUUCUUUGGUUGGACAUCAACAAUUUCGACAGGACUGCCGCAGACACAAUGUUGUACAAUGUCGAUGAGGCUCAGAAUCUUAUCAUAUUUAUUGGAGACGGCAUGGGACCAGAAACGAUUACUGCCACAAGAAUAUACAGCAAAUCUGAAGACAAAUAUUUGUUCUUCGAACGUUUUCCUUUCGUCGGAAAAUUAAAGGUAAUGGGGGAAAUAUGUGGAGGACGGACUGCCGCAGACACAAUGUUGUACAAUGUCGAUGAGGCUCAGAAUCUUAUCAUAUUUAUUGGAGACGGCAUGGGACCAGAAACGAUUACUGCCACAAGAAUAUACAGCAAAUCUGAAGACAAAUAUUUGUUCUUCGAACGAUUUGUAACUAAUGCCAGGGUAACAAGUGAAACUGUAGCCUCCAUAUAUGCUCACGUAGCCAAUACAAAAUGGGAAUGUGACGCAUUUAUGCCCAACAAAAGUACCAUGUGCAAAGAUAUUGCACGACAGUUAAUUGAGGAUGUUCCAGGAAAGAAUAUAAAAGUUAUCAUGGGAGGUGGUAUGCAAUGCUUAAAAUCGGAUGCGAGCGGCUCUUUUGACGACCCGAUUGAUAAAAAUGCAUGUUACAGCGUUGAUGGAAGAGAUCUAAUACGGGAUUGGACGCUUGAUAAAGAAAAACGACAUGUUAACUACGCUGUUGUAACGAACACAUGGGAAUUACAAAAGCUAUCGCACGUUGACUAUCUUUUAGGAAUAUUUUCUAACAGUAACUUCAAUUAUGAAUAUCAAAGGGACACUUCUCCCUACGGUAUGCCCUCACUAUCUGCAAUGGCGGAGAAAGCGUUAGAAAUUUUGGAUUCGAACCCAAAUGGGUUUUUCUUAGUAGUAGAGGGUGGUUUAAUUAACCAAGCCCACCACGAGGGACAUGCCAAAAUAGCAUUAGAAGAAACAGUAGCACUUAACGCGGCUAUCGAAAAAAUUGUAACUAUUUUGGAAGAAGCUGAGAAGUUAAAGGAUACUUUAAUUAUUGUGACAGCCGACCAUGCAACUUCAAUGGUUAUAAACGGAUACCCGCACAGACAUUCAAGUAUUUUAGGAUUAUCCCAACCUGUGGGCUAUGAUAACGCCAAUUAUACUACCCUUACCUACGCCACUGGCGGGCCCCAUAACUACCAAUUUUAUGCCGACAAUUCAAUGGGAAAUUUAAGUGUACUUCUCAAUCCAAUGUUUAAUAGAACAUACCUUGUAGCAGAAAACAAAACUAUCCACUGUCCAGCACAAAAAAUCCUGAGGAUGGAUCCUAGCAAACAGGAUACGGAAGACUACACGUACUAUCAACAGGCCGGCAUUUUAACCGACCAAGUAACACACGCGGGCACGGAUGUUAACGUUUACGCUAUUGGUCCAAUGGCCCAUCUCCUUCAUGGUACACAUGAACAAACCUACCUUUAUUAUUUUAUUGGUUUUGCUACAAAUGUGGGCCCAAUUAAAAAAGUUACCGAUUACCUUGAUUCCGUAUUUUUAUAA